GCCUGCCUUCUCCUCACGCUCCGCCCCUAGUCGUGAGGGGGCCGGGAGAGUGGUUUACAGGAAACACUUUAAAACAGCUUAGCCAGUGAGACUGGGCCAGCGGAGCCAGGCAGAGAGGCUGCUUCCACGCGAAAGCAGUGGGCUCCAACACACUCAGCCCUGGGCAUGGUGUCUCAGUGGAGCCGAGAACCGGGAGCCUGCGCGCCCUAGAUGCCCAGGCUACUGCUGUUGGUGCGGCUGCACGUCCUCCCAGUGGCCAGCCCGGCCAGCCUGCCCCCAGCCAGUCGGCUCCAGCUCCGGACAGCCUGGGGGGUGGGGGAAUCGGGAGCAUAUUUUUUCAGGCUCGCCUAACCUCUGUGGGGAGCCGCAGCAGCGCCUAUCACGUCCCUCGCGGUGCCGGCUGCCUCUGCCCCUCGGUGCCCCGCAGCUGCUGGUGCAGGUUCUGGUCUGAUCUUUGAAUAGUAAAGAAGGUGACCCUGUACUUCAUAAAAGAUGGAAGCCGAGUCAGGGACAGCCUGUAUUGUCCAGCCUCAUUGUCCUCCUGAUGAGUUUCCUUGUCAGAUGAGACUAUCUGAGAAGAUUGCUCCAGUGAAGACUUGUUUCAAGAAGAAGCAAGUUCAGAAGAGACUCAGCACAGGAACCUUAAGAACCUUGAGGCCAAUUUUAAACACCUUAUUAGAAUCAGGGUCCCUUGAUGACGUUUUCAUGCCUAUGAACCCAAGUGGAGAUGGUAGUAGCAGUCUGUGCCAGCCAACUGUGAAAAAACCAUUGGGAAUGAAUUCAGCAUGCCCACCAGUGGGCAGUGAUAUGAGCAUUCUUCUAUCUGGAGGGGCGGAUGUCAGGAGACCAGUACCAGAAGCUGAUCCUUCCUCAGAGGAUACAGAGCAGGUGGUUCCAUCCCAAGAUCAUGGCUUCCCAUCAGAAACUACCAAUGGAACUGUGCCCGAUCCUGCUCUGGGACCCUUCCAGGAUCCCCUCUUGCAUGCAGCCACCAGCGAUGUCCCUAUCAGUCCUGACUGUGCAGAGAAGGCAAUGGAUUGUAUUCCUGGUUUGUUUCAGCAGGACAAUUAUGCCCUCCAGUACAACUUAAACACCAGCAACAAGUUGAAUACUGGACUCUUCCAGGGUAAGAGUGAGGAAGCUUCCCUCGAUCUGGUAUUUGAACUGUUGAACCAGUUACAAUACCAUACGCAUCAGGAGAAUGGGAUUGAGAUUUGCAUGGAUUUCUUGCAGGGCAGUUGUGUUUAUGGUAGUGACUGCUUAAAACAUCACACAGUCUUGCCCUACCACUGGCAAGUCAAGAGGACGGCCAGUCAAACAUGGCAGAGUGUGACCAACGAUUCUCAGGAGCACUUGGAAAGACUCUUCUGCAACCCAGACAAUGACAGAGUUAGACUCAAGUACAGGGGACAUGAAUUUUGGGCGGAUUUGAAUGCAAUGAGUGUGUAUGAGACAACUGAAUUUGACCAAAUUCGAAGACUAUCCACACCUUCUUCUUUCAAUGUCAAUUCCAACUACCACACAGUCUGGAAGUAUUUCUGCAGAGAUCACUUUGGCUGGCGAGAAUACCCAGAGUCUAUUGUUCAACAGUCUGUUAUUCGACUGAUAGAAGAAACCAGCUUCCGGGGCCUGAGGGAGGUCCGAUUCUCGAUGUUGCAUCACCAAUACAUUCUGAACAUCAAGGAUAACUACCAGCAAAGCUUUUUCUCGCGAAGGAUAAUGAAAAAGCGACCCCUCUUGCGGUCCUGUCUGGUGCUGAUGCCUUAUCUCCAGACCCUUGGUGGUAUGCCCCCAUUGCCUCUUCCUGCAGCGGAAACAGCCUCAUCCCAGGUCUUCUGUCCAUCCGUAGUUACCUCGGCAAAUUUUUAUCCUGAGACCUGGAUUGCUAUGGAUCCAUCUCAGGACUUCAUCCAAGUGCCUGUUUCCAAGGAGGACAAAAGCUAUCGAACCAUCUACAAUCUCUUUCAUAAGACUGUGCCUGAGAUUAAAUAUAGAAUCUUGAAAAUCCUGAGAGUGCAGAACCAGUUUCUUUGGGAAAAAUAUAAAAGGAAAAAGGAAUAUAUGUCUAAGAAAGCCAAUGACAUUAGCAGAAUAAUGAAUGAGCGGCAUCUCUUCCAUGGGACAUCCCAAGAUGUGGUGGAUGGCAUCUGUAAGCACAACUUUGACCCGCGUGUGUGUGGCAAACAUGCUACCAUGUUCGGACAAGGCAGUUAUUUUGCAAGGAAGGCGAGCUAUUCCCACAGCUUCUCUAAGAGGUCCCCCAAAGGGGUCCAUUUUAUGUUUCUGGCAAAAGUGCUAACUGGAAGAUACACAGUAGGCAACCACAAUAUGAGAAGACCACCUCCAGUGAAUCCAGACAGCAUAACCAGUGACCUGUAUGACUCCUGCGUGGAUAAUUACUUUGAGCCUCAGAUUUUUGUCAUUUUUAAUGAUGAUCAGAGCUACCCAUAUUUUGUUAUCCAGUAUGAAGAAGUCAGUAACACCGUCACCAUUUGAAAAUCCUUGAUACUGCUAAAUUAUUUGAAAAAAUUGAAACAACACUUGCCAUUCUUCAGCCCUGUAAUUUCUAUCCUGGUCUUCGAGAUUUUUCAAGGAUCAAGGCCUAUAUCUGGUGCACACUGCUUAGAUCGGGCUCUUUCACCCACAAGAGGAAGGGAAAAGUACAAAUGGAGACAGCCAGAGUGACUGAUGAACAUGCCUGCAUCCAGGCCCUGACCCCCAAGGAGUUCUACAAAGACUCACGUGCAGCCUUAUCUGACCCACUUGAGAUGGGCGAACUUGUAAGUAGCCCCAGCUCUCUUUGUCUGACUCCAUGUAAACCCACACAGCCCCAAUCUGUGGGCCAUCUGGUGGUCAGACCACGCUUAUCUGGAUAAAACUGAGCUUCUGGGAAAAUUCUUUUCUUCUGUUAUGAACUCUAUGAACUCUAUAAUAAAGUAGUCACUUGUC